AGUCAGCUCUGGCCACGUGUGGCUGCACGGCCAAAACGAGCUGGCUCUGGGCGGCAGGAGCCUGCUAGCCGCCAAGAAGCUCCUCAUCUCUAUGUUCAUCGCCGUCCGGGUUCUGGGCGGGAGCCGGAUCGCCGCCCCUCUCUCGCACGCCGCCCUGUCUCACCUCCAGUCCCUUUCCGAGGGCGAGAGGAGAGGAGUGUUCUUUCACCAUCCGCAGCUGACUUCUAGCACGUCGGAGCUGACGAAAACCGCGUUGUUUUCACGGGCACAGCAAGGCAGCAGCAGGGCAGCGAGCGAGCUGUUGGCCACAAGCAGGUCUUAUUCCUUCAGCUCUUUGGUGUAUGGGGGGUUCUCAGUGCAAGCAGGAGACCUGCCGUUUUGCCACGUGGAGGAGUGUCCGUCCAGUGUGGUGCAGCCCAACUACGACUGCAGCAGCGAGGACGAGUCCGUCUUCUCCCUCCAUAUCUGUCGUCUGGACAGUGUGUUUGUGGAUGGAGCCAUGGAGGGGUCGUUGGUGCGCAUUGAUGCUUCCUCUUCGCUUGUGGUGGGGCAUCGCGCAUCCAUCGCUGCAUCCGGCCUUGGUUGCUUGCCAGGCCAUGGCAUAGGCCAUGGCAGGGACGCACCAGCAGGGGGGAGUGGAGGUGGAGGGCACGGGGGUAAGGGCGGUGCAGGCCAUUUCAACGGGUCAAGGGCGGCAGGAGGGGCUGCAUACGGACGAACGAUGCCGCCCUGCAGUGUGGGGAGUGGGGGAGGGUUGGGGCCGGAGGGAAGGGGGAACAGCGGAGGCGGGCUGAUAGUCCUUGGUCCCGUGGCCCGACUGGAGCUGUGGGGCGGCACUCUUGCAGCGGACGGCUCGUUCCUUAACACGCCCAGCCCCACUAUAGUAGCGGCAGGAGCGACAGGGAGAGCACAAGGUGUUAUAGGCCGGGCAGGAGGAGCCAUGGGGGGGUCAGGACAGGGGAGAGGGGCGCUGGGAGGAGGCGAAGGGGGGGUGGGAGGCAGAGGGGUGGGAAGCGGUGGAGUGGGAGGAGGGGCAGGAGGAACAGUGGUGAUCCAUGCCGCAUAUCUGAACAUGACGCUGGGGUCACUCAUCUCCGCGUCAGGGGGCCAGGGGCACUCGGUGGGGGGGGGCGGAGGGGGCGGGGGAAAGGUGUACUUUGCAUGGCAGAACCUGGAGCGGACGAGAGGGGAUGAGUACACGCCACGUGCCACUAUCGAGGGGAAUUGGACCGACGCUAUUAGGACCAGUGGAGGGCAGGGCAGCUACGAGGGGGAGGAUGGGGAGGGCGGGCUCACAGGGUCGGCGGACUGCCCACCGGGGCUGGUGGGGCUGUUCUGCCAGGAGUGCCCCGUGGGGACGUUCAAGAACGAGUCAGGGUCUGACCCCUCUCUCUGCCACAAGUGUCCGCUGGAGCUACUGCCGCACCAUGCAGAGUUUGUGUACAAGCGAGGUGGCGCCAGCGCUGCGCCCUGCCCGUACCGCUGCCUCUCCUCGCACUUCUCCCUGCCGCACUGCGACACCCCCAUGGAGGGGCUCAUCCGCGACCUGGGUGGCCCCUGGGUGUUCGCCCUGGCGUGCACGCUCUCCGUGCUGCUGCUGGGCUUUGCCAUCACCCUCGCAAGGACGAAAAUCUUACUGGCAGGGGACGAUCUGGCCCAGCCGCAGGCCAGGGACCCGGACGUUGCCACGCAUAUGGACCAUUCCCUGCCAUUCCUGGAGUCUCUGAAUGAGGUGAUGGAAAGUACAAGAGUAGAGGAGGCAGCCUCGCACGUUCAUCGGCUAUUCUUUUGUGGAGACAACUCGUUCGCCCACCCCCUACACCUACCACACUCCCCGCCACGUGCGGUGCGUGAUGUGGUGUAUGAGGACUCGUACAAUCGGCUGGUGGACGAGGUCAACGCCACCGCGUGCUUCCAGUGGUGGGAGGGGUGUGUGCACUCGCUGCUGUCUCUGCUGGCGCUGCCCUUUGCGUGGUCGUGGCAGCAGUGGAGGAGAAGACUCGUGGUGCAGCGGUUACGGGAAUUUGUGCAUACGAGAUACGACCACUCCUGCCUGCGCUCCUGCCGAUCCCGCGCCCUUUACGAGGGGCUUAAGGUGUCAGCCACCCCGGACCUCGUUCUCGGCUACAUGGAUGUGUUUCUGGGCGGCGACGAGAUGGCGCCGCACAUGCCGCCGAGCUUUGCUGAACGCCUUCCGCUGCUGCUGGUGCUGGGCGGCAACGGGUCGUACAUGGCACCGUACCACCUGUUCACAGACGAUCUUCUGACCAACAUUGUUUCUCAGGCCAUCCCUCCAACCGUGUGGUAUCGCCUGGUAGCGGGUCUCAAUGCCCAUCUGCGCACCGUGACCCAGGGCAACCUGCAGGGGUCUCUGAAGCCCAUUCUGCGGUGGCUGUGCACGCAUGUCAACCCCUCGUUAGAAGCACAAGACGUAUCGGUAUCGGCACACCUAGCGUGGCUGCAGCCCACGUCAGCCAGCAUACUUCAGCUCGCUCUCUGCCUCGACCACCCCGAGAGCAAUGAUUACUGCAAUGACUACCUCCCUGCUGCAGCCGCCGAUCCUGCUGCCUCCUUCUCUGCGCCGAGCCUCACCUCCUUCGGCUCGGCAACCACACCGAACCUGGUCAGCUUUGGCAGCAGCUUCGGCAGUAGCUUCGGAAACAGUCGCUUCGGGGGGUUCGGCGGUUCGGACUCAUGGAGCAGGGUGGGAGGGAGAUUGAGACCUGAGGGUUCUGCCUCUGUCCUAUCCUCUCCCCGUACUGCUGCUCGUCUUCCUCCUCCCCGCCUUCAUCAUCAUCCUCUUCCCUCUGCCCAUCGUACUGUCUCUCCCCUUCCCUCUCACUCCCGUGCCUCGUCGGACGUCCCUUCCUUCUCUCGAAAUGUCUCCUCUCUCUCGCACCAGCAUAGCCCACAACAGCAGCAGCAGCAACGGCAGGGGCAGCAGCAGCAGCAACAACAGCGGCAACUGCACCAGCAGCAGCAGCGGCAGCAGUGGCAACAAAGCGUCUCCCCAUCCUCUCUCCUUGUAAACCCCUACCUAAACCCCUACUCCGCAUCCUCCCUUUACACCCCAUACUCGUUAACAGCCACCCCCCACUACUCCACCACCUCCCCAUCUCCCACCCCCAUGACCCUGCCCUCUCAACUCGAUGCCCUGCUUCUCCUACGAGACGCAUCCACCCAACCAGCCAUCGCCACGUCAGCAGGAGCAGCCUCUCGUUACCUGCCAGCUGGCGGCUUUGGUGGGAUUGCUGAGGCUGGUAGUUCGCCCUCCUCUACAAUCACGAGGAGUAGAGUCACGGGGUAUCGCGGGAGGGCAGGCACUCCUAGUGACCAUGAAGCAGCAUCUGGUAUGAGCACUCCUCAUCCUCAUUCCCCCCCUAAUCCACACCGUUGGUCUUCGCUAGGUGCGGAGGAAUCCAGACGGUUUAAUUUCCAAGAUCCUUUGCACCAGCAGCAGCAAUACCAGCAGCAGCAAAGGCAACACGAAAGGCAGCAGUGGCAGCAGAUUCAGAGUGGUGCUAGUGGUCGUUUGCCGCCUCAUUCACUUUCGGUAAAGCUUCCUCCUCAGCAGCAGCAGCAGCAGCAGUCAAGGGGGGAGCAAAGUCCCUCAGUGUCAUCCCUCCCCCCUCUCUCCCCUCAUAGGUUCGAGCGCCGACCCUCCCUUACAAACCUAGCCUCUGCCGAGGCUAUUCCCGGACCUUCUGGCACGGGGAAUGGUUCUGCUAGUGUUCUAUUAAGGAGAAAUCCAGGUUCAAUCCCUGAAAAUCUCUCUUUGCUAAGUGACAUGGAGAAGAGCCGAGGAGGAGAGAGGAGGGAAGUGGAGCGGCAAGUGUCGUCUGUUUCUGCGGGCUUACUGUGGCAGUCGGCAGGGGGCCGGGUGGGGAAGAGACAGCAGGGGGGGCUGAUUGACUACCAAGUGCUGAAACGGCUGGAUGAGGGGCGAGGGCUGUUCUUGCCCUGCUGUGGGCUGCUGCUGCGCAACACCCUGCCUGUGGGCCAUGAUGCGGCAGUGGGCCUGGCCAUGUCGAUGCUUCUUCUUGCCGAUCUCUGCCUCUUCCUCCUCUGCCUACUCCAAGCCUACAGCACCUCCCUCCUCGCCUUCGCCCUCAUGCUCUUCAUCCUGCCCCUCGCGCCGCUCUUCUCAGCGGCAGCAGGGUUGAAUGCAUUGUUUGCUCACGGGGCAAGGAGUGGUGCUGGGUUGGGGAGAGUGUACGGGCUCUGGAACGUCACUUCCCUGGCAAAUGGGGUGGUUGCUGUGACUCUGGGCGUUUUUCACGUAUGGCAAUCUUACAAGGGCAGUCCUUCAGGUGCCCCUCCUAGGGAGUCAGCAGCAUCUGAGGAGUUCACCUGGCUGCUAUUCCCAGGCAUGUUCGUGGCCUGCAAGCUGGCACAGGCACGAGUCAUAGACCGCCACGUGGCGAAUCUGGAGAUUCAAGAUCGCACCCUGCUGGCGGAGGACCCAACUGUCUUUUGGGAAGCAUAGCAAGAAGUUUGAAAGGAGGGCUACGGUACAGUGUAUGUUGGUGACCAAACACAUUCGUAAUUGUACCUAGGUUUCCUCAAGAAUAUGCGAUACAGGCUCUGUGGAACACUGAUUUGAGGGAUAACAAUUUGAAGGAAGCCUAGUACAAAGUAUGAAGCUUGUGGGAGGAAGCAUUUGAACUUAGGGCGUGGUGUUUCGAAGUUAGAAUUUGUUGGAGUAAAAUGAGAGCAUACAA